AUGGGAGACGGCUUCUGGAGCCGGCCGCCGGCGCCCAACUAUGCCUCGCCUGGAAUCAUCAAGCGGCAGCUCCUUGAGUCAGGUACUCCCGGGAAGUUGCAGAUGCUGGAACUCGUGAUUGCCAGCGAUCUGGAUCGUCUUGCGCGGUUUAAGGGAAUUUUCUCCGGCAUUUCGAUUGCUUUGCGGUUUCUGUUGGCGCGUAUCUGGUUGGUGAUUUCCACUUUUCUCUGAAUGGGGGGCGGAGAAAAAGGUCUGCCGGAAAUAUUGAGGCAGGCGUGAAGGAUGGCAUGAAUGAAACAGACAGGAUGUUAUGGUUACUUACUGCGAUAAUAUAUUUUUUUGUUCGCGAGCAGAAUGGGGUGGAAUCAAUUACCUAUACUUUAAGAGGUAGACCAACAAUUGUAGUGGAGCUCUUACUUCGUCUCUCGCUCGGUUGUUGCCAUUGUAUUCGCUGAGUCUUACUUGGACGUGUCGAAUUUCGUCCGCCUUCAGUCAUUAUAAUCGCCGAGGAUCAUUAGGAAUUAAUGUGAUAGGGACUUACAAUGAAGUCACAUUGUAGUUGAAUUAUGUUUUCUUCUGGGGAUAAAUUCUUCAAAGUGUACGACUCCUCGAAUGAAAACAGCCUGUUGCUAAAUAUAAUCAUGUGCAAUCCAAAUAUAAUGAUUCCCGGAGGUUCAACACAGAGCAUGCUUGCCGAUUGGACGAGGCCAAUAAUUUCAGUACGUCAGUUCCGGGUGGUACUCUCACUGUGAACUCAGGCGAAGAACAAAAAAACUUAGUAUGAUUCCCUGUGGACAAUUACGUGUAUUGUGCGUGCUCUUGAAUUCAAUGUACCACCACCACCACCACCACCGUCAUUAUCAUCAUCAUCUAGUCAUCGCCUAACUAAUCGGAAAUCAGAGAUGUUAUUAAGGAUUUUCACGAUGAAUAUGUUAGCCAGAACUCAAAUAUUUGAGAUAGAAUAGUCAUGUUAUGAGCUUUUAAUUCCUUUUCUUCUUGUGCCAUUAUGUUUAAUGAGUUUACCACCUGGCUGCUUCCCUGUUUCUGGGUAAUUGACCAGCAUCACUAUGUGUGUAGAUAUUAAUCCUCAGAGAGAGACUUUCAGUCAGGGCAUGGUCCAUUAUCUUCCCCGAGGCGAUGCUCAUGUUGGGCUCCAUGCUGUGAAGGACACGAAGACCACGGGAGCCUCCUACGAUCAGUAUCUCCAGAACGUGGUACCCCACAGUUCCUGCCUCCAUGCUUCUGAAUUCAAGAAAACAUUGAAACACCUUUUGGGAAAAACCAAUUAACCUUUAUCAGCAGAUGCCUUCAUUUUCUUCAGCCGAGGAAACUCGCGGUGCUAUUGGAGGAGUUUCUGAUCUCCAUGUUGAGGAGCCAUCAGGCUCUAUGCCACAUGGUUUCGGCAUUGCCCUUGGUGGCCAGAUCCACGCAGACCCAGUGAGUUGGGCGGGGCCACCGGGUGCUGAGGCUCAGUUGCCACAGGAGGCGUCAAAGACUUUAUUCGUUGAGGGACUUCCCCCCGACUGCACUGAGAGGGAGGUGGCUCGUAUCCUUUCAUAAUUCGGGCCUUGUUAUGAAUCACAGAUUGAUCGAUUUAUGUGGACUUCCACUCCCUCUUGAGUUUUCGUUCACCCAAGAAAAGAUAUAUUCCACCCUUUCGCAGGCUUUAAGGAAGUGAGGCUGGUGAUCAAAGACCCAGAACAUGUAGGACUUUCUUUCUUUCUUUGUUAUGUGUUCUUGAAUUGCGCGUUAGUGAGAAGUGUUUAUGUUAUUACUCGCGUUGUUCUCUUUAUUGCCCCUUGGUUAAACCAUUAUGCAGCAUGCUGCCGGCAAGCUAGUUCUCUGCUUUGUGGACUUCGUCGACACCACUUGUGCUAUGUCCGCCAUGAAUGCCCUGCAAGGUGACUCGUUCUACACACCACAAGGAACAUUCUUAGCUGCUUUUUUUUGGAAUCCCCGUGGUGGGUGAUGGUAUCACAUGCUUUAUGCUCAUUACCAUUGUUUCCUUUCAUGGAAAUGGAAUGAAACUAUAAGUCGCACAUGAGCACUUAUGGGUAUGCUUAGACUCAAGAACUGUGUUGACCCACCUCCCUGAUGUCGGUACACGCAUUAGCAAGUCUUUAAACUAUAAAAAUAACAAUUCUUUUCAUGCAUUUGGAAGGAUUUUAUUCCGAGAUUUUGGGGGAGAAACCCACACGAAGACUUUUGCUGUCGUAAAAUAUUAUUGCGCAUUUGAUUUCUUGUACUAGGAGGAAGAUGAGGCGUUGACUAGUAAAAAAUUAUCGUCUUUGGGCAGGUUACAAGGUGGACGCCAACGAUCGGGGUUCACCAUUUCUGCGGCUUCAGUUCGCGCGAAACCCAGCCCAAGGUCCGGCAGCGGAACACGCCCUUGAGGAGAUGAACACCAUGAGCUGA